ACAAGCAAAAUCGAUUCACGUUGUUUCGGCCAAAAACCUGUGAAAAUGAAGCUUUUAACGUACAAUUUUCUCACAUCAAAGUGUAUCCGCGGAGUGAAAGUGGGCUACCCGCUCAAACUGAACAUCGUGGAGAAGAAGAUCGUAAACGCGGACUUUAGCUCGGAAUUCAUCACCCGAAUGCUGCCCCGGUUGGACUGGAGUGCCGUUUGUGGCGCGGCGACGAAUGUUGGUACCGAUCUUCCGGCAACAAUGCCCGCCGAAAUCCAAAACGAUGGCGAACUGCUGCAGAAACUGCACCACGUGCUGUUGUGCGUGGACGUGGUCGAGGGAACGCUGGAGUGCCCGGAAACGGGUCGCAUUUUCCCCAUCAACAACGGGGUGCCCAACAUGCUACUGAAUGAGGACGAAGUAUAAAACAGG